AUAUCUGUUCAGCCAUUGCUAUCAGUUAUGGUGGAUGAACUUCACGUUCUUAAGAAGAGGAUUAGAACACUCAGUGAAUCCUCCAGAAGCGAUGGAUCCAUAUCUCAUACAGACCAAUCUGAAUCUUCAGCUCAGGAAGACACUGUUUUAUCAAAUUCACCACCACAACCAGUCAGAUCUAGAAAACAAAAUAUAAGAGAGCUUCGUGAAGAAUUUGAAGAUUAUCCUGAAUUGUAUGGUAUACGUAGAUCUGCACGAAGUCGCAAAGAACCAUUACGUUUCAAAGCAUCAGAGAAAGAUACCCCGGAGGCACUUUUUCGAGAAAAGAGAAGAAAUCGUUUUCCUAGCAGUUCAGAUAGUAAUAAUGUAACAGAUAGUGAAACAGACGAUUGGAAUGAUAAUAUAUCGAUAAGACAUCGUACUGUAAGAACACGAGGAAAUCGUGUCAAUUACAAAAGUGCUUUUGUAGAUGACAGUUUUGAUGAAUCUAACGAUGAACCAUCGGAACGAUCGAGUUCGAGUAUAUUUAAACCAACUAAUCAACGAACUUCAUAUGGCACUGUACCAAUACUAAAAAACUCCAAGUCAUUCAUAAAAUCAGAAGAUGACAAUAAUCUAGACCAAAUUGGUGUAAAUGAACAAUAUUCAGAGGAAGAUGAAGAUGGUGUAAGUGGUGAAGUUAACCGGGAAAUUGAAUGGGGAGUUGAUGAUGAAGAAGCGGAUGUUAUUGAAGAGAUAUUAACUCAUGCCAUUCGACGUAAAGGUGCCACUGGUAAUCCUACUACGCUGUAUAAUACACAGUUGGAAAAAGAUCUAAAUGCUGGUUUUAAUCCUAAACAAGAGGAUGGUGAAUUACAAUUUCUCAUUAAAUGGCGUAAUUGGAGUCAUAUUCAUUCAACAUGGGAAACUGAAUCUUCAUUACGUAAUCCAGAUCGAGGUGCACCGGUUGCUGGUAUGAAAAAAUUCUAUACAUAUCAAGCAAUUAUGCGAGAAAAAAGUGAACGCUUACAAUAUGUUGAAAGGGAAGAACUAGAAACUGUGGCUUAUGAAGAAGAACGUGAUGAACAAUUGUUACAAGAUAAAAUGAAUGUUGAACGUAUAGUAGCCCAUAGCCGUGAUCCAGAAACAAACACUUUUGAUUAUCUCAUUAAAUGGUUUCGUUUGGAUUAUCGAUUUUGCACCUGGGAAUCUGGAAAGGUUAUACAUUUACUCUAUGAAUCAGCAGUUCAAGCUUAUGAAACUCGAUGUAAUUCUACUACACUGCCUAAUCGAAAAUGUGAAGUGCUUUAUACACGACCAAAAUUUCUACCACUAAUGGAACAACCUUCAUACCUUGGGCGCUCAAAGGAACUUCGUUUACGUGAUUAUCAACUUGAAGGUAUUAAUUGGUUAAUUCGUGCUUGGACUCGUCGGAACAGUGUGAUUUUGGCAGAUGAAAUGGGAUUAGGGAAAACUAUUCAAACUAUUGGAUUUCUUUCAUAUUUGUUUAAUGAGCAUCAGGUAUAUGGACCUUUUCUUAUUGUUGUUCCUUUGAGCACUAUAUCAAGCUGGCAAAAAGAACUGCAAACUUGGGCACCAGAAAUGAACACUAUAAUAUAUACUGGUGAUCAUGUAUCACGACAAUUGAUUAGAGAGCAUGAAUGGUCAACUGGAGCUUCUAAUAACAGACGUCAUCAAUCAUUAAAAUUCAAUGUUUGUGUAACUACUUACGAAAUUUUAUUAAAGGAUAAAGGUUGGCUUAGUCAAGUAAAUUGGGCCUUUUUAGGAGUUGAUGAAGCUCAUCGUUUGAAAAAUGAUUCAAGUCAAUUGUAUAAAACUUUAAAAACAUUUGAAACAAAUACUCGUCUAUUGGUUACCGGAACACCUUUACAAAAUACUAUGAAAGAAUUAUGGGCAUUAUUACAUUUUAUUAUGCCGGAUUGUUUUCCAGAUUGGGAAGAAUUUGAACAGACUUACAGUGUUUCUCCUGAUGAUCCAGCUAAUAAAAUGAAUAACGAAGCAUUUCAUAAUCUUCAUAAAACAUUAAAGCCUUUUCUACUUAGACGAGUGAAAAAAGAUGUAGAAAGUUCGUUACCGGAAAAAAUUGAACAAAUUCUGCGAGUUGAUAUGACUAAAGAACAAGCAAAUAUAUAUAGAUUAAUUUUAGCCCGUAAUUAUGAUGGAUUAUUAAAAGUAACACGUGGUCAUAAAGCUUCCUUUAUUAAUAUUGUUAUGGAAUUAAAAAAAUGUUGUAAUCAUGCUCAUUUAAUUGCACCUCCAUCUGAAGUUGAUCAACAAUAUUUAACUAAAGAAGAUCGAUUAAGAUUAUUUUUAAAAGGUAGUGGUAAAGGUACCUUAUUAGAUAAAUUAUUACAACGUCUUAAAUCAAAGGGACAUCGAGUUCUUAUCUUUAGUCAAAUGGUUCGUAUGUUAGAUCUUAUAGCUGAUUAUUUAAGUUUACGUGGUUGGGGUUUCCAACGUCUUGAUGGAUCAAUAAGAGGUGAAGUACGUAAACAGGCAUUAGAUCAUUUUAAUUGUGAAGGUUCAACUGAUUUCUGUUUUUUAUUAUCUACACGUGCCGGUGGUCUUGGUAUUAAUUUAGCAACAGCUGAUACUGUCAUCAUAUUUGAUUCUGACUGGAAUCCACAAAAUGAUUUACAAGCUCAAGCACGUGCACAUCGUAUAGGUCAAACUAAACAAGUAUCAGUGUAUCGUUUUGUUACUCGUGAAUCUGUGGAAGAGAAGAUAAUUGAAAGUGCUACACGAAAAAUGGUUUUAGACCAUUUAGUUAUUCAAAGAAUGGAUUCAGCUGGUAUUCGUAGUGGUCGACGUGGUGAUACAGCUAAAGGUCAUUUACUUACUGAAAUUCUUCGUUACGGUGCAGAAGGAUUAUUUAAACAAGCAGACGAAGAUGCUACAGAAUUGGAAGUUGAUAUUGAUGAUAUUCUCAAUCGAGCAGAAACACGAGAUACAGAAGCUACAGUAGAGUCUAAUCCAGCUAACGCUUUACUUUCUUCAUUCAAAGUUGUUAACCUCGAUGCAUUGGAAGAAGAUACUGAUAUUAAAAAUGGGAAUGACUCAUUAAAUUCUUCAAUAAAUACAGGAUGUGAAAAAACAUGGGAUCAAAUUAUUCCCAGUGAGUUUCGGGGACAAGUGAAAGCAGAACAAGACAGAAAAACUCUAGUUGAACUUGAGUUGGGCCCACGACGUAGGCGUCCUGUCAAAACGUUCCAAGCAGGACUAAAUUCUAACCAGUCCUCUUCUGAAACAUCGGAGACUGAAGAAAAUGACAAAGUUCUCCCAACCCAACUUACAGAAAAAGAAAUUCGCGCUUUGGUUCGUGCGAUCAGACAUUUUGCGCGCCCUCUAGAACGUAUUGAUGCAAUAGCAGCUGAUGCUGAGCUUCCCGAUCAUUCCGAGUCUGAACUUCGUGAGGUAGUAGAUGCUGUUCUAAAAGGUUGUCGAACAGCCAUGGAAGCGGCCUCCAUAAAUUCAAAUGAAGAGUCCCAGAAACAAGCGACUGGUGGUAAAGGACCUGUUUUUCAAUACGGUCGCGUUAGUGUAGCUGCAAGACCUUUAUUACAAAGUCUAGAAUAUCUAGAAACCCUUCACUUGUGUCUACCUUCUACCAGUAAAGAAGCACGUAUGUCGUAUGAAUUACCGUUUUCUCCUAAACUAGUCGCUUGGUCAUGCAAUUGGGACAAUACUGAUGAUGUUCGACUUUUAGCAGGAGUUUACGAGCACGGAUAUGACAAUUGGGAAACAAUCAAACUAGAUGCUGACUUAGGCCUCGGCUCUAAAUUACUCCCAGUUUCACAAACAGAACGUCCACAAGCCAAUCAUUUACGAUCACGUGUGGAUUAUCUUUUAAAAAUGUUAGCUAAAUGCCAUUCAUCAGUCAGUAAAAAUACUGAACAACAGAUGGUUACCAAAAAAAGAAGAAAGGAGGACAGAGAGUCAAACAAAUCAAAUCAAAAAGCUAAAACAAUCACUUCAAAAGCCAGUGUAAAACAUACUAAUAAGCAAAUAUCUACCCCAAUAAAUCCAGUGCCUAAAUCAGCAGAAUUUGUAGAAACCGACGACUCAUCAUCAGAAUCAGACUAUAAUAAAGAUAAUGAUGACAAGCAAGAGGAAAAUGAUAUUGAUAAUGAUAACAUAUCAAAUCAACUGUUAAAAAACACGAAACAAUCUAGAAGAAGUACAAAUAAAUCAAAAAUUAAAUCUGAGAAAAAAGAUAAAUAUAUUUCAGAAUUAAAACCACCUACACUUCAACCUUUAUCAUCUAAUCAUCAAGAGAAUUUAUCUAAUGUACCUACAAUGUUUACAAAAAAGGAAGAAGAUGAAUUUCGUAAUAUGCAAGGUCCAAUUUUUGUAAAAUGUAAAAAGAAAUUUGUACCGAUUAAGAAGCAUUUCAAGGAGUUGGAAGAUCUUGAACGAACUGAUGAACAAAAUCCAGUAAAACUGGCUAAUGUCGUUUUACAAAUUGGUGAUCAUAUUCAUUCCAUUGUAGAUGUAUAUCCCGAUAAAGAGAAACGUCAUGCAUGGAAAAAUUAUCUAUGGGAGUUUGUGCAUAUCUUUUCAAAGAAUUCCACUGAAGAACUUCGACAUAUCUACAGACAUGCUGUGAAACGUCGAUUAAAAGAACAAAGAAAAAAAACAAACGAUGCCGAUUUCAAUUUUUCACCAAAACAUCAUAAGAAUUCAUUACGUAAUAGCAAUAGUAGUAUAGAUUAUUCUGAAACGACAUCAAAUCAUCAUUCUUCAAAUCGUGACUACCAUAGUAAUAAUAAUAAUGAUAACAAUACUGGUAAUGCUGCAUUAUUUCGACGAUAUCAUACAAAUAGAUUAUCAUCACAUGACCGAAAUGAUCGUCAUGAACAGCAUAGUGGUUACAGUCAUGGCGGACAGAAUAAAUAUUAUAAUAAUAGUAAUAAUGAUUGGCCUUCUUCCAUUACAAUUUCACAUAAAGAAUUCAAUCGAGAUAGGAACAACAAUAGUUCCCGUUUUAAUAACGCUUUUAAUCGUCCACCGGGUCAGUCGAAUGUAAAACAUCACAAAGAUAGUGGAGGUUUUACUUCACAGAUGUAUUCUUCACCUCGUGUCGCCUCUAGUCAUUAUCAUCAUCAACAACAGCAUAAUUCCAGUAGUUAUUCUUCUGUUCAUUACCCUUGGACUAAUUAUUCAUCAUCAGACGAUAUGAUAAAUAGUUCUUCCCCUAAAAUGGAAGCAUACAAAUUUACCUCACAUUAUCCACCUGUGUUAUCAUCAUCAUCAUCUUGUUUGCCUGAAUCGAUUAUCUCAACUACCACCACUACCAAAACGCCAUCAUAUUUCUCAUCCAUGGGACAAUGUCUUCCCCCGCCACCUCCUCUUCCGCCCCUUCUACAACAACAACAUACAACUAGUCAACUAUCACGUGAUCCUCGACUUUCCUCAUCAAGAAGAUGAUGUUAGCGAUGAAUAAAGAGCAGACAAAAAUAAAAUUGAAUAGUGUACAGUCAAUAAACACUUAUGUACAAUGUAACUUUUAUAUAUAUAUAUAUAUAUAUAUAUAUAUAUAUAUAUAUAUAUACCCCUUAUCACCUUCCGAUUUGUACUUAUUAUUAUUUUUUUCUGUAAAAAAGAACCAAAUCCAGAAAAGAUUUAAAUGCAUUUCUCUUGAUAAUCCUGUUUUUAUUGAUAUUAGUGACGAUGGUUGGUGCUUAUAUCGAUAAUGAUAAGACCUCUGUAAAGCUA